AUGGGGACCUUCCAGCACAACCAGACGUCUGUCAUGGGUUCGUCUUUUGAUCUCCAGCAGGGCAUGUUUGAUGCAUCCAUGGUCAACGGUGCCGAUAUGACCGGAUUUCCUGAUGGCUUGUCGAUGGACAUGACUUCGAUCCCACACACAAUUUUCGAUGAAACGACUUUGGUUCCACACAAUCUGCUUACAGUGACCUCUGGCAAGACCGACUCGGUCGACAAUAACAUGCCCACCAACAAUGCUGGCGCUGGGCCCUUGCCGACUGGGUUCGCAAUUCAGGGCUCCCAGCUUGCCGGUAGCACACUGACCGAAUUCACCAAGAGGCGCAAUUGGUCCCAACGCGUGAUCGAGGAGCUCAAAGAUCUCAUGUAUAUUUUGACCCCGGAUGGUCGGCUCCUUUAUGUCUCCCCUUCGGCGAAGACCCUUACAGGGUACGAUGCAGCAGAACUAGUGGGGAAAUCGAUAUCAGAAUUUAUUCAUCCUGAUGAUUCGAAUCUGUUCAUCCAGGAGUUUAACGAGAGUAUUGCCACGGGCAACACUCUGCGGCUUUAUCACCGUUUUCGCACUGCCGAACAGAAAUAUCGCAUUUUCGAAUGCCAUGGCCACCCUCACCUCACUCACGAGGUUGGACAAAUGGAGCGUGCCGGGUAUCCGGUCAGCCCUGCGGGCAUCUGUCGAGGGUUUUUCAUGAUGGCACGGCCGUAUCCGACCAGGAACUCGGAACUUCUGGACUCGUUCCUGGAGCAUAAAAUUGAAAACGUCCGCCUUCAAGCCAGGAUCGCCGCCCUGAAGCAAGAAGAGGCCGAUGACAUGGAACUCCAGCAAGAGCACUACCACAAACAAGCCGCAACUGCUAGCUCUCGGACGCCCUCGAUUACAGCGGACAUGACGCCAGCGUCACCUUCUGUGGCCUCCAAACCUGACUAUAUAGACUACAACGGUAUGCCGCCACCGGCCAAACCCACCGUGUCGAAUAUCGCCCUAACCCGAGAGGCGCUGGACGAAGCAAAUGCGUUUGCUCGACCGGACAGCAUCCGGGACAAGAUGGCGCGGUAUGAAGGCUCAUCUCACGUCGAUUCCAUCGAGAUGAUGACUGGGCUUCGGUAUCGGGAAGGCGAGAGAUCUCACGGCAUCUCAACUGGCGGCACUUCUCCCGCAUUGAUACGGGGUGACGCGGGGAUUCAGAUUCCCCUCGAGAAGGCCGAGUCCCGCUACGCAUAUUCGGACAAGAGACAGAAGAAAGUCAAGAGUGCGGAUGAGUACGUCUGCACGGAUUGUGGGACGCUCGACAGCCCCGAAUGGCGGAAAGGUCCCAACGGGCCUAAGACGCUCUGUAACGCCUGCGGACUACGUUGGGCUAAGAGGGAGAAGAAGAGGAGCGGCGUUGGCGUGAGCACCAAGGAUGAAACGGCUUCCACAGGGGCAAAUGCCAGCAGCACUCCCGGCAAUGCAGCGGCAACCCCAGGCCCAACCGGCUCUACUCCCAUCAAAGAGUCUAGUUCCACUGAAUCAACAUGA